GCAUUGUCCGUUUAGUGAAAAUUAUCAGUCAGCAACCCCUGAACCCCCGGUCGCCACUGCAUAUCGAAACCAAGGCAACAGCGAGCCUAUGGCUGCUCAAAAUAUCUAAACAAUCUAAAGUAUACCAAACACAUACCACAAAAAAGAACAGAAAGAGAUGAUUAUAGCUCAACUUCCAAGACUUAACAUCUCAAUCUUCACCAAGCCACCGCUAUCUCUCCGCACCCAUUUCACUCUUUUUCCAAAACAAAGACUUCUCUUUGCACCCAAAUCAACUCUCUCCACCGUAGAACCAAUACCCAUUUCUCCUGUCUCUGAACCCGAAACCCAACUUUCAAUUUCACUAGAAAAGCUUUUUGUUCCACCGGAAACCCAAGUUUGUAUUGAUGACCCCACUUUGAGUACCAGAAUCCUGAAGGGUUCAAAUAUUGUUUUAAGUAAGUACGCCAGAGAUGCUCAAGUGGUUCAAGCCGAGUUCAUAAAGAGUAGUGUGAGGACCGAGGACUGUCCUUCUGAUGGCUUGCCUGAAUUUGCUCUUGUUGGACGCUCAAAUGUUGGCAAAUCUUCGCUUCUUAAUUCACUUGUUAGAAGGAAACGUCUUGCUCUCACCUCCAAGAAACCUGGGAAAACACAGUGCAUCAAUCAUUUUAAGAUUAAUGAUAAAUGGUAUUUGGUGGAUUUACCUGGAUAUGGGUAUGCAUCUGCCCCGCAGGAGCUUCGGACAGAUUGGGCCAAAUUUACUAAAGACUAUUUCCUCAACCGCUCAACUUUAGUCUCUGUAUUCCUUCUUAUAGAUGCUAGCAUUCCUUCAAAGACAAUUGAUCUUGAAUAUGCUAGUUGGCUGGGGCAGAAUCAGAUUCCCAUGACAUUAAUCUUCACCAAAUGCGACAAGCGCAAGAAAAAGAAGAAUGGAGGAAAAAGGCCAGAAGAAAAUAUAAAUGAUUUUCAAGAGUUGAUACAUGGCUUCUUCCAGACAGCACCACCAUGGAUUAUGACCAGCAGUGUUACCAAUCAAGGUCGUGAUGAGAUACUACUGCACAUGGCUCAACUGCGAAACUACUGGCUCAAACACUGAGGAAAAAGUUGUAGAACCUCCCCUUCUUGUUUCUACUGGUAGGUUUGAUUAUCUUUUUUCCCCAUCAUGUAAACAAACUUCCAUUUUCUGAGAUGUUCAUUUCCAAUUUCUGGCAUUCUUUUCCUCGUAGUCCUGGUGGAAAUGGAACAAAUUCCCAAAGUUGUUCAAAUACCAUGAUUUUGAUGACAUAAAUUUUGUUGAAACUUUGAAGAUUUUAAAAAAUUAUUACGACUUGAUUAACUUCAACUACUUGUUCCUCUACACAAUGAGAGGCAAAAAAGGUGGCAGAUUUUGACAAACGAU